UAGUGGUCUAUGGUGCUCUGUGUUGGGAGGAAGAAGAACAGGGGAGGAGAGGCAGAGGCAGUACACCAGAUGAGAGGAGAGGACGCCCUCUUUCCUCUUCAGCACCCCUCUCUGACCAUCAAUCAUCCAAGGACAUUGUGGUCCUGUCCAGGGUAGCCUACAGCGCAACCACCCAGCCCAGCCACCCAGCCAGGCAGGCAGAAGAGAGGAGAGGAGAGAGGGGGCAAGGAGCUGUAGCCUUCAGGGAGAAAGCAAAGUGGAAAAUAAUGGCAGCCGGGGAACGGCCUUCUUCCUGUCCUCCUCUCCAGCCAGUGCUGCUGGGCUUGGGGCCAGCGCUGCUCUCCUGCAUCUCCACUGUAUUCUCCCAGGUCCCAGAUCCAGAGCUUUUACCGACAGAUCCCCCAAAGAAACCAGACCCAGUCACUUCAGAAACAGUCGUGUUCUGGGGACUGCGGUUAUGGCAGGUUAUUGGCAUCUUCUCUAUGUUUAUUCUAGCAGUCAUCAUCACCCUAUGCUGCAUCUUCAAAUGCCGUAUCCCCAGGACGAAGAAGGAGAUUGAGGCGCGACAUGCUCAGAGAGUAGCAGCGAAGGACUACGCCAACACACUGGAGACAGUGCCUCCUCUCAACGAGCUCACAGAGAUCCCAGGAGUGCUCCUGGACACUUCAUCCCUCCCGACAGUCUCUGAGCAGGUCGAGGCUCGCAGCGCCAGCAGCAGCCAGCUCCCAGUGGUGAGAGAGGAGGAGGAGCUCACUGGCCCCCUCACUCAGCCUGAGACUGGAUGACUUUCCUCCCUCCUUCUCCUCCUUCUGGUCCCCCUCACUCAGCCUGAGACUGGAUGACUUUCCUCCCUCCUUCUCCUCCUUCUGGUCCCCCUCACUCAGCCUGAGACUGGAUGACUUUCCUCCCUCCUUCUCCUCCUUCUGGUCCCCCUCACUCAGCCUGAGACUGGAUGACUUUCCUCCCUCCUUCUCCUCCUUCUGGUCCCCCUCACUCAGCCGGAGACUGGAUGACUUUCCUCCCUCCUUCUCCUCCUUCUGGUCCCCCUCACUCAGCCUGAGACUGGAUUACAUCCAUCCCUCCGUUUCCUAUUUCUUCUCAACUUCUCUCUCUCCACAUUCCUAUUUAUGUUCUGACAAAAUGGGCAAUCCACUAGAGGGAAUAUUGGAGCACGCAGCUCAGCAAUCAGUAAUUCACAAAAAAGGAAUGAAUAGCUGAAUAGAAUAGUUCAUUGAGUAGCUCAGCGUUCGUCAUUACUUCCCAGAAAGAAUGACUUGGAGAUUGUUGAGAAUAUUGCCUGCUUAAGAGUUACAAUUUUAGGUGUUAAGUACUUGAAAUGGGUUUUCACUAUUUCCUCAUCUGCUCUUUGUUGAUAUACUCAUCCUUGUCGAUCACACAUUGACUGUACAUUGGACACAGAACUGCAAGUUCCGUAUCUGGUAGCCAACUGUGGAUUAUGAAAAAAUGUAGAUUAAUCUUUAAGGCUUCUGUCAGUGAUGUUGCAUGUCUAUGCCUGUCAUUCGUUCUUUUUCCUUCUCUUCCUCAAUCUGUAAGCUUGGCUUUGAAUAAAUAUAGCUUCCCUUUUA